UAUAUUUGAUACGGCGUCGAGUUUAUAUAGUCAGGCUCGGCAAGAUGGCGUUCCGUUCUAUUGGAAGUCGUCUGCAAACCAUGUUGGGGCAUAAACAUAUUGCUAGCGUACAUCUAGUUGCCAGAGUGGUCUCGCGUUUUCAGUCCACGAUACCUCUCGUGACGGCUGAUGAAUGGUGGGGGAAGUGCCAGAAAGUCGAUGUUUUGGGUGAGAAGAUGUCAUAUUACGACUCGGAUACCAAAGACAGCAGUACUAGUAAACACGCAGUGAUAUUCCUGCACGGCAACCCGACAUCUUCGUAUCUUUGGAGGAAUAUCAUACCACGCGUAGAACCAAUCGCUCGAUGUCUCGCUCCAGAUCUCAUUGGACAAGGACGUUCUAACAAGCUUGCCGACCAUUCGUACCGAUUUGUUGAUCACUACCGCUAUUUGUCUGCUUGGUUUGACUCUGUCAACUUACCAGAAAAGGUGACCAUAGUGUGCCAUGAUUGGGGUUCAGGCCUGGGCUUCCACUGGUCGAAUGAGCAUAGAGAUCGACUUGAAGGUCUAGUCCACAUGGAGAGUAUUAUACAACCCCUCCCGGGAUGGGAGCUCUUCGACGACACUAUGCGGGAGGUCUUCCAGGGAUUUCGCUCUGAGGCCGGUGAAGAGAUGGUCCUGAAGCAGAAUAUCUUCGUGGAACAGAUCCUCCCUUUCGCCAUCAUCCGGAAACUACGACAGGAGGAGAUGGACGCCUAUCGUGAGCCCUUCAAGAACCCCGGAGAGGACCGACGCCCCACCCUAACCUGGCCCCGCGAGAUCCCAAUCAUGGGUGAUGGUCCGGAUGACAUGAUCGUAAGAGCGACAGCCUACAGUGCCUUCCUCAAGGAGUCUGCCGAUCUGCCCAAACUCUGCGUCCACGCCACUCCCGGGUUCUUCAGUGACUGGAUCGAGAAGACCACCAAGAACUGGCCCAAUCACAAGAUGGUCAAAUGUGAAGGGCAUCAUUUCCUCCAAGAAGAAUCCCCCAUCCAGAUCGGGGAUUACAUCCGUGAGUUCUUGUCUGGUAUCUACAAGUAGAUAGAUCGUCUAGCUUCCCUCUACUAUCAUAUCUGCAGUAGUUGGAAGCAUGAUGCCAUAUUCCUUUACACGUUCUCCUGCUCCUAUAUAUGUAAAGAUACGGUAGAAAAAUCAGUUGAAACUCGAAACCUUUCACACUGCUCCUGGAACUCUGAAAUGAUUGCCCGUAUACAAAUUUGCUCGGUUUGUCGGUUGUCAUGAUACGUACAUAAAGUCAAACAAAAAGGGGCGGUGUGGCAUGCGGAGGCGAAUUUUCAUAUACAUAAAUGACGUAACAAAACAAUAUAUAAUAAAUUGAUAAUGGCUAAUUGGAAAGAAAAAUAAAUCAAUGGAAAAUAAUGAGAAGUCCUUAAAUCAGUUGAUAGGUGGGUAUAAUUCUCAAUUCAAUUUUAAAUCCAUUUCAAUUUUAUUUUAAAAUUCAUGCCACUUUCAUAAUAUUGCAAUGAUGCGUAAUAUAAAUCAAAGCACGUUUCAGAUAGAAUUGUGACAUACUUUGAAAGGAGUAUAACAGCUCCAAAGGAAAGCUCUUAUAGGAGGAAAACUCAUAUUUUGCACGGUAUGUAACAUGGGUAACCAUGGUAACUAUUCCUAUGAAAUGUUGACACAAGGUCGGUUAUGUCAUUAUACAAAUAAAACGCAAAAUAUGGGACCUGAGCCUUUUCUCUUUCAUUUAGUUCAGUAACUCAUACACUAUAAACGUAUUUCCAUGCUUCACCUAAAUAUUCAAUGAUGUUUUCAUGUGAUGAUUUUAGGCUUGAGUAGAGACGCCUUUCGGUGUUAUUUAACAUUUAUCACACCAAUAUA